AUGGUUAUUGCAGUGUGGCUGAUCUACAUUGCUCUUAUUUCAUGGGGUCGUAUGCAAGAUAAACAAGAUGAGAUAAAGACAGCAUUAACAGUGCUGGAUGACAACAGAGAAGAGCAUAAUUACGUCUACUUGAUCUGUGUAGUCACUGGAUGGUCCGCUUCAUCAGCUACCACAUCAAACGUAUUUAUUACUUUAAAAGGAUCUUGGUACCAGAGUGAAAACCAUGUGUUACAAGAUCCGUCUCGGCACCUCUUUCGGUUACAUCUAAUUUAUCUCACUCCUCAGUCUGGUGCGGAGAACUGGUUUAUGUUAACAACAGACGAUGACUUAGGAGAGCUGAACUCUGUUGUUAUCUGGACUGAUUUCUCCGGAGCCUACCCUUCCUGGUUUGUAUAA